AGCAGGGUGUCUUCUCCACAUCGAGGCAUUUUACUUUGGGCUCAGAGUAGACAAAGGUGCAGUUGAGGACAGGCCACACCUCAGUGGCCAUCUGAGCCUAGUGAAAAGUGACAGGAGCCAAAGGAAGGUUCGUGAGUGUCUCUUGUCUCUCGCUAGAGGGAGUUCUUGCUUUAGGCAGCUGAAAUACCACAAGCUCCUUGUAGGAGAAACUAGUUUAUCUAGGUUUUAAUGACCAGAAUUAAGACACCCAUACUUGGGGGCAAAAGAAGGCUUUUUUCCUGAGUGCUACCUCAUGAAUUCCGUAGGUAUAAAGAACCAUUUAGCCAGUUCAAGCAGUGGUUCCAAGUUCUGCUGUGUGAUAGAUCUACAAGAGCCUCUCUGUGACCCCUCUGUGCCUUGUCUCUUCAUCUUGAAAAGGGGAUAAUAACGGUACCUAUUGCAUGGGGGGUUUUGUGAGUUAACAUGUAAAAUACCUAGAACAGUUCUGGGCACAAUUUAAUAGUUAUUGGCUAUUACUAGCAUUGAUGGGUCCUUUAUAUUCUGUCGUAUGGGUUGGAAGGUGAAGUGUACUGUUGCUUUGUCCCUGUAGAACUUGAUCACCAACUCUAGAAUUAAAUUUCUGACCAAGCCCUGUUUAUUUUUGUAGCUGGAAGAGCCUGUAUUGUCCUCAUAACAAUAUAGAAUUCAAGAUAGGAGAGAGAGAGGCUGCAGCGAAUGAAGACUAUAAAAGAGAAGGAGGAAUGUCGAAGAUUGAGAAAAUCUGCCAAGACAAGGGGGGUGACCCAGAGGAAGCCAUCUUCAGGGCCUGUAUGCCGGCUAUGCCUUCAAGAACCUGGGGAUCCCGAAAAAUUAGGGGAGUUUCUUCAGAAAGACAAUCUCAGUGUGCACUAUUUCUGCCUUAUUCUAUCUAGCAAGCUGCUUCAGCGAGGCCAGUCUAACAGAGGUUUCCAUGGAUUCCUGCCUGAAGACAUCAAAAAGGAGGCAGCCCGGGCUUCUAGGAAGAUCUGCUUUGUGUGCAAGAAAAAGGGAGCUGCCAUCAACUGCCAGAAGGAUCACUGCAUCAGAAACUUCCAUCUUCCUUGUGGCCAAGAAAGGGGUUGCCUUUCACAAUUUUUUGGAGAGUACAAGUCAUUUUGUGAAAAACAUCGCCCAACACAGAACAUUCAAGGGGGGAGUGCGGGGGAGGAAAGCUGUGUCCUGUGCUGUGAAGACUUAUCCCAAGCAAGUGUUGAAAACAUCCAGAGCCCAUGCUGUAGUCAAACAAUCUAUCACCGGAAGUGCAUUCAGAAAUAUGCCCACACAUCAGCAAAGCAUUUCUUCAAAUGUCCACAAUGUAACAAUCGAGAAGAGUUUCCUCAAGAAAUGCUAAGGAUGGGAAUUCACAUUCCAGACAGAGAUGCUGCCUGGGAACUCGAGCCAGGGGCUUUCUCAGAGUUGUACCAGCGUUAUCAGCACUGUGACGCCCCCAUCUGUUUGUAUGAACAAGGCAGAGACAGCUUUGAGGAUGAAGGGAGGUGGAGCCUUAUUCUGUGUGCUACGUGCGGAUCCCAUGGAACCCAUAGGGACUGCUCCUUUCUUAGAUCCAGCAGUAAGAAAUGGGAGUGUGAGGAGUGUGCACCUUCACCUGAAGCCACAGACUAUAUACCUGAAAACUCAGGUGACAUCCCCUGCUGCAGCAGUACCUUCUACACUAGGGGGCAUUACUGCAGAGACACCAGCCUGGAAGAGAAUCCGGGCCCUUCUUGGACUGAUUGGCCAGAACCUUCCUUAUUAGAGAAACCAGAAUCCUCUGGUGGCAGGAGGGGCCACUGCUGGCGGUCCAAGGGUGUCACAAUCACUAAAAGCUGCAAAAAUUACAAGAAACAGCUUCUAAGUAGUUGCUGCCAAGCACAUUUGGGUACAAAGCUGUGUUCCUCCACCAAGUUUGAGGAGGGAGCACUUUGGGACUGUGAGGCCAGGAAGGGGGCCAGCAGUGAGACUAUGAACCAAGGAAAGAGAAAUCCCAGAGAGUGUGAGGACAGAGCUGUCCAGAUGCCAACCGCAGACCAUGUAUAUGGCUAUGGUAGCUAGUGCCUUCGCUCUUUCUGCCUGAUUCCCAGAGUGCCCUUUCUUUUCUUCCACCAAGAUUCUUCUACCCUAAUCUGGUGCUCUUAUGC